AUGGCGGCGUCCGGCUCCCCGGGGCCAACUCCGAGUCUGCCUGGAGGAAACGCGCCGAGACCCACCGCCGCCGGCCCCUGGCGGGGGGAGAGGAGAAAAAGAACUUACCUCCGGACGGUCCCGUCGGCGGAGGCAGCGCGGGGAGUCCCGGGGCCCAGGAGGUCCCGGCGCGGCGGCGGCUACCGCAGUGCCCUCCGCCCCAUUGUUUCCCUUCCAAGAGGAUCCCGGCGAAGCCGAGCCCUGGAACCAGGAAGUUCCCCGGCGCGACACCUCCUGCCGCCGCUAUGGAAACGGCCCCCGCCUCCCAGGGCGGCUCGCCCGGGACCCCGCCUCCGCGCCACCGGCCCCGCCCGCCUCACGGGCCGCUGCCAACCGACGCCGCUGCGGCCGCGGCCGCCGCCAUCUUGGCGCGGCCCGGGCGGCCUCUUCCCGGCGGCACGUGCGCGCCGCUCCCGCGUUCCCGCCGGCCGCGGGGGUGCGCUGCCAGGGCUGCCGGGUGCGGGCGCCGUUCCCCGGGAUGCGCGGCCAGAAGCGGCGCCUGGAACCCCGAGGGAGGGCCCGGGCGGCACUGGAGAGCCAGGACCGGGAGCGGGGCUUCUUCAUGUGUGA